AUGUUUGUGGGCACUGACGCGUGUCCGAUUGACUUCCUUCCCGAAAUGCAAUUUUGUGCAGCACAAGGAAUGGAUCAUCGAAAGGUUUGCGACUCAGCGGGGCAGGCGAUAAGUUCUGACAUUCUGCGAUCAAAGGCCGGACCAUUACACCCCGAUCGACUACAGUUAUGCCCCAUGCUACGACAGAACAUGAAGCGCUGCUUCUACAACGAAAUUCGAGGAGCUGCAGAGAAACGCUUUAUUCCGAUGAUGCAAAUGCAAGAAAAGCAAAAGCAGGAGCACUGA